AAAAAAAUGUAUUCCACCUCCGUUUCAUCAUUCCUACCGAGCGGAGCAUCAGUCUCGAGCCAAGACUUGCUCAAAUCUCUCUGUCCCUCUCUUUCUCUGGCUGUGUGAAAUCGGUGUUUCUGAGAGGUGAAUAUGCAGGCGAGCGACAGAUUUAAUAUUAACUCUCAGCUUGAGCAUUUGCAAGCUAAGUAUGUAGGGACUGGGCAUGCCGACUUAAAUAGAUUUGAGUGGGCGGUCAACAUUCAACGGGACAGUUAUGCUGCGUACGUUGGCCAUUAUCCCAUGCUUGCUUAUUUUGCUAUUGCGGAAAAUGAAUCAAUUGGACGAGAACGUUACAAUUUUAUGCAGAAAAUGCUUUUGCCUUGUGGUCUUCCACCUGAAAGAGAAGAUGAUUAAGAGAUAACGCUAAGAAGUGCGAAGUAGCACCUUGCAAAUUCUGGGCGUAGGGGGUGCUGUGGGGUUAUGCUCAUGGAGUAUAUGUUGUAUUCUUCAAUGGAUUGACUUGAAUACAGACCAAAUAUAUGGCUUGAUACAUAACUUCGAGAACCAAGAUCCAUUUGUUCACUGACCUAUUAUGUGGAAUAUGACAUUGUUUUGUAUUGUUCAUCGUAAUAUGCCUGUGGGUGCUUACGCUUGAUCUUUUCUUAGUUUACUUCGUAAGGGUUGUUUCCUUUUGUUUAAUGACAUAACAGGUGAAGCUUGUCCUUGAAAUCAGUGGUCAGGCUAUUUGUGCUCAACUUUGGCGCAGAAGUGGGCACUUAAUCCUCUUAGUAUGUGUUAUGUGUUAUGUAUUAUCUGUUGAUGUCUAUAUAAGUGUUUUAUCCAAUGAAUAGAGGAAUCCAAGGUUCGUG